GAAAUGGUGAUAUUAACAACUCUUAAACGUCCCUCAACGUGAAUCACCAACCUUCGUGAACCUGGCAUAAUUGUAAAACGGUGGAUCAUGAAUGAAUGAAAGCAGAGUCUAUCAAUUAGGCUCAGAUUUGCCGAGAAGCCCCAAUGGAGCAGGAUGUGGAGAGCCCACUAACCAUCAGACAGCCCAAGCUGCCCAAACAAGUCAGAGAGGAUCUUCCCAAGCAGCUAGUUGACAAGGAAAGAGCCAAAAGAAAGAUCCAGAGAUAUGUCCGGAAGGAUGGGAAAUGCAACGUUCACCAUGGCAACGUGCGAGAAACCUACCGCUACCUGACAGACAUCUUCACCACACUGGUGGACCUCAAGUGGAGGUUCAACCUUUUUAUCUUUGUCCUGGUUUACACGGUAACAUGGUUGUUCUUCGGGUUCAUGUGGUGGCUCAUAGCCUACAUCCGAGGUGACCUGGAGCACAUAGGGGACAACCAGUGGACUCCAUGCGUCAAUAACCUGAAUGGGUUCGUCUCUGCCUUCCUGUUCUCCAUAGAGACAGAGACUACCAUUGGGUAUGGCUACAGGGUGAUCACGGACCAGUGCCCUGAGGGCAUCUUGCUGCUCCUGGUGCAGUCGGUGCUGGGAUCCAUCGUCAACGCCUUCAUGGUGGGCUGCAUGUUCGUGAAGAUCUCGCAGCCUAAGAAGCGGGCGGAGACCCUGGUGUUCUCCACGAACGCAGUCAUGUCCAUGCGGGACGGCCGGCUGUGCCUAAUGUUCAGAGUGGGGGACCUGCGCAACUCGCACAUCGUGGAGGCCUCCAUUCGGGCCAAGCUGAUCAAGUCCAAGCAGACCAAAGAGGGGGAGUUCAUCCCCCUCAACCAGACUGACAUUAACGUGGGCUACGACACCGGUGACGACCGGCUCUUCCUGGUGUCCCCACUCAUUAUCUGCCAUGAGAUCAACCAGCACAGCCCCUUCUGGGAGAUCUCCAAGGCCCACAUGGCCAAAGAGGAACUAGAGAUUGUGGUCAUUCUGGAGGGUAUGGUGGAAGCCACAGGAAUGACUUGCCAGGCGCGCAGCUCCUACGUGGCGAGCGAGAUCAAGUGGGGCUACCGCUUCACGCCGGUGCUGACACUGGAGGACGGCUUCUACGAGGUGGACUACAACAGCUUCCACGAGGUGUACGAGACCAACACGCCCACGUGCAGCGCACGGGAGCUGGCCGAGAUGGCUGCGCGGGCGCGCCUCCCGCUCACCUGGUCCGUAGCGAGUAAGCUCAACCAGCAGGCGCCGCCGGACGGGGAGAAAGAGCGACCGGAGAAGGGCGGACGCGAGGGCGAGGACCAGACGGAGCGCAACGGGGACAUCGCCAACGUGGAGAGCGAGUCUAAAGUGUAG